AUGGCCGCCGGCUCCGGCCCCGACCCGGCCGCGGAAGCGCAGCCCCCGCCGCCGAUCCACCACCUGCCGCCGGACGCGCUCCACAACGUGCUGCUCCGGUUGCAGCUGCGCGACGCCGUCGUGUGCCGCCCAGUCUCGCGCCUCUUCCACGAGACCCUCUCGCCGCAGCUCCUCGCGCUGCUCCCCACCCUGCGCCUCCUCCUCCUCCGCCACCCGCGCCCCGACGGCGGCGGCUGCCUCCACGCCUUCGACCCCGCGCGCCGCACCUGGCUCCGCCUCCCCUUCGCCCACUUCCUCCCCUACCAGUCCUUCUCCCCCGUCGCCUCCUCCACGUCGCUCCUCUACCUCUGGGUCGAGACCUCCUCCUCCACCUCGCCCCUGGCCCUCCCGUCCACCUCCACCUCCGCCUCCUCCGCCGCCGCGCCCGCGCACCCGCCCAAAUCGCUCGCCGUCUGCAACCCCUUCGCCGGCACGUACCGCCUCUUGCCCCAGCUCGGAUCCGCCUGGGCGCGCCAUGGCACCGUCCUCGCCGGCCCCGGCGGCACGGUGCUCGUCCUCACCGAGCUCGCUGCGCUGUCCUACACCCCCUCCGGAUCCGGCAAGUGGAUGAAGCAUCCCCUCUCACUGCCGUCCAAGCCGCGGAGCCCCAUACUGGCCUCCGCCGCCGCCGCCGUCUUCGCCCUCUGCGACGUCGGCACGCCGUGGCGCAGCCAGUGGAAGCUCUUCUCCUGCCCGCUUGCCAUGCUCACCGGGGGCUGGGCGCCCGUGGAGCGAGCAGCGUGGGGAGACGUCUUCGAGGUCCUCAAGCGUCCUCGACUCCUUGCUGGGGCCGGCGGCCGCCGGGUCCUUAUGAUCGGCGGCCUCAGGUCUUCGUUCGCCAUGGACGCGCCGUGCUCCACGGUGCUCAUACUCCGCCUAGAUCUGACUACCAUGGAGUGGGACGAAGCUGGGCGCAUGCCGCCCAAUAUGUACCGCUGCUUCACUGGCCUCUGCGAGGCUGCUUCACAGGGCAACGCCAUGCCCGCUGCUGCUGCCGGGGGAAACAAUAAGGUCAAGGUUUUUGGAGGCGAUGGGAAGGUGUGGUUUGCUGGUAAGCGAGUGCGCGGGAAGCUUGCAAUGUGGGAGGAAGAUGAGAUGGGUAGUGGUGGCAAGUGGGACUGGGUGGAUGGCGUUCCUGGUUAUGGUGAUGGUGUAUACCGUGGAUUUGUGUUCGAUGGUGGGUUCACAGCGAUUCCUUGA